ACGACAGCUGGCUUGGCUACAACAACACCUGAACCGUUCGAUGAGGACGCUGAGAUUGCGAAAAUUAGUGCAUCCUGCUUCCACUACAGAGAUUUUGGACAGCUAGCAGACGGAAAAGACAUGGGCCGGCGUAACUUCGCAAUAAUGCUCGGUCCUAUUUUGCUGAAAGAGUGUUUGCAAGUCAUAGGUCUCACAGAGCUACGUAGAACACUAAAUUUCGCGCCACUGCGCCCAUGGCAACCUGCAAACUAUAUGAACUUUUUCAAUGUCUCUGAGCCUACCAUUGAGGCCUAUUACGACAUUGUAGAACCGCGCUCCUUUUAUAUUAGUUCUGAUAAGGAAAAAAAGCAUGAGAACAAUUUAAUUGCGGCGGUACCAUAUCUGGAUAGUCGCUUUCCGUCGAUCCGCAAAAUGUUUAGGCGCAAGUUUGACGAGAUUUUUGAAUCGUGUGGAAAAAAUAUUGACCCAAAAACUAUAGAUGAAAUGAAUCACGGACAUUUGAAAACUCAGAAAUUCCCGGAAUACCAGGCAUUCCAGGCAGUUGAGAAAAUCAGAAAAGCAGUUUUUCCUAGUAUCAUGAUUUAG